CGGUCCGCCUGCGGGUUUCGGCUCUACCUGCGAGUCUUGCGGCCAGGCCCCUGGGGCAGCAGGGGGAGCCGGGGCAGAGACAGGGAGAGAGGGGUGCGGUUUCUGAGCUGGGACCGGCCGGUCCCGCGCGUUUUAAGCCGCCGCCACCGCAAGGGACGAGGACAAGCGUGGAGCUGCGCCCGCCCAGCACCUGGAUCGCGCAACCCGUCCCGCCGCUCAGACACGGACUGCACGGUCCGCCUCCGCCCCAGCGCCGCUAGGUCUCAGGUCUGACAGCGACCUCGGCGCCUCCGCACGCCUGGCCGGGCCUCGGCGCUCUUCCCUGCCUCCGUCUCCUCCGCUGCCUUUGCCUCAACCGCAGCCGCAGCCGCAGCCUCCGCCCCCGAACGUCUGGGAUCCCAGCCGGGGCCCAGGCAGCAGCCCCGGCCUUGGCCUCCCCCGCGGCCCCGCCAACCUGCGCCCCGGCCCCGGAGGCCCGGCGGUGGGCACGAUGCUGCCCAGCUCAAUCCAGAUUUCGGGGGAGCCACUGUCAGGCGCCGAGGUGCGGGACAUCUGCCGCGGCCUGCGCGACAACGCCGUGCGCCUGCUCUCACUGCGCGGCUGCCGCCUCUGCGACCGCGACUUCGGCCGCAUCUGCCGGGCCCUGGCCGGGGCCACAUCCCUAGCUCAGCUCAACCUUAACCUGGGCGUCGUGUCCAGCCCCUGCCGCAUCAAGCAGUUGGCGGAGGCUCUGCGGACCAACCGCUCCAUCCAGUCCCUCUUCCUGCACGGGAGCCCCCUGACAGAUGCAGGGCUGGCUUUGCUGAACCCAGCCCUGGCACUCCACCCUGCCCUUGUGGCUCUAGACCUGGGGGACUGCAUGCUGGGUGACGAAGCCAUCAACCUCAUCUGUGGCCUCCUCCCCCCAGAUGGGGCCAAAUCUGGUGACCAUGUGGCAGGGAUGCUGGCUGUAGCUGUGGCUUCCAGCCGCACCCUAGAGGUCCUAGACUUGGAGGGCACAGGGCUCACCAACCAGUCAGCUCAGACCCUGCUGGACAUGGUAGAAAAUUACCCCACGGCCUUGCGGAGCUUGGUGUUGGCUGAAAACAGCAUUAGCCCAGAGCUGCAGCAACAAAUCUGUGACCUCCUCUCUGAGGGGGAGGAAGAGGAAGAGGUGGCAGGAGGGACUGGCAACACCCAGGAAUGGGAGAGAGGGCGGGAGCCUGCUGCCCAUGAGAGGGGCAGUAGCUCCUGGAUGUGCCCCAGCGAUCCCAGCUCUCAGAUGGUGCUAGUGACAUCAGGACUAGGGGACAGUCUGUUGGCUGAGACCGAGAUGUGACUCUCCAUUUGGGCUUCUUCACAUCAUUACAUUUGUUUGUGUCCCCAGAACCUUGCCCCAGACAGGUAUCAGGGUCAAGCCCUGGGGCUUGGGAGGGAGGAGGGGAAGAUGCCUGGGGCUCUGGCAGCUCUCGGCAGUGUGGUGGGAGACUCUGGGAGCUGUAACUGGGCAACAAACAGCCUUGGGGGGCACUUGAACCCAGGGCAGUGCCUCUGGACUUGUUGGCAGCUCUGGCUGCAAACCACUGGCUCUGAAGAGAUUUUAUGAACUCCACAACCUGGCGCGUGGCUGUGGUCACUGGGGACUGGCACUAGGGGAGGAAUUGAAACUACCAAUAAGCACCACUAGGGAGCAGUAUCACCCCACAGCCCAAGCUCCAGGCAGCGUGCAUUGCUCCCAAAUCUCUCUUGGAACCUAGGACCUGGGGUUCUGGGAUGACACCUUACACAAACCCAAUAAAGACUGUAGUUAGAGACCA